GGCAUCAUCUCUAGUUUUACGGCUGCCACUUGUGAUGGUGGCGCUGCUCCCAAAGAUGCAAAGGUAAACAGACCAUCACAGUUGUGUUUUGGUGAUGAACGGGAACAGUUUAAAGAAAAUAGCCCUGAGAAAAAGUGCCAAACCAAUGUAGUCUGUAGUCACCCAUAAGCCAAGAAAGAGGUCAUUUGCGAUUAUCGAUGAGUAUUUCGAAGAUCCAAAGCACGUAAUUUUUGUGUAUAGACGAUAUUCGGUCUGUCUAGCGGUCACGCAACCAUUGCCAUAUGUCAACUGUCUGGUGGAGGCAUAAUACAAAAAAAUACAAUUUGACAAAACCAAUGACCUUGAAAAUGAGCCUAAACAGGAAUAAACGGGAGUAACGGAAGCCGGAUAUAAACUUAGGCGGAAGUCAUACACAUUGCGAUUUUUAAAGUGGCAACAUUGUUUUUAGACAUUCAGUGCGUACGUGGUGUUUAUGUGUUUGUCAAAGAUUAUGUGGCUUUAUAAGGAUGUGUGUGUGCGUGCGCGUGUGUAUAUGACUUGGCAAUUGUGUCACUGCGAGUGUGAGAAUUGAAAGUGUUGAUCUGGAAAAUCGAAAACUUGGCACUUGUUACAAAAGGCCAAAUGUAAACAGCCAACAAACACAAGGCAUAUGAGGGAAAACAAACAUUGACGAGCUUUUUGGGUUUGCGGUCACAAAAAAAAAUUAUAUUUCACGUGAAUAAUUCACGGUCCUUGAAAACAAAGUUCAAAGAUUCACCAAAUAUCUUUGAAAAAUCUGCUCAACAAAGUGAACAUGGAUUUGAGAUUUGAGACACAUAUGGGGAUAUCCUUUUACUCAAGGAAACCAAAUUAAAAAUAAAAAAAAAAAAAAACUAAAAUCCUACUACUUACACCAUCAUCAUUCCUCGUUGUCUGCAAUGGCGGAUAUAUACUUUGAAAACACCACGCUUUUCUAUCAUCCCACCAUUUCGACAUCUACUGAAUUGGUGCAACCUGAUGACAACGAUAUUUAUCCCGAAAUAAGUCGACUCGUUCGCAUCAUAGUACCCCUCUGUUUUGGACUUAUAGCCCUAACUGGCUUUUUUGGUAACACACUGGUCAUUUUGGUGGUGCUGCUCAAUCAACAAAUGCACUCGACCACCAAUUUGCUGAUCGUUAAUUUGGCCAUUGCCGAUCUUUUGUUCGUGGUCUUUUGCAUACCCUUCACCGCCACCGAUUAUGUUGCCGAUACCUGGCCUUUUGGCGAUCUCUGGUGUCGCAUUGUCCAAUAUCUGAUUGUGGUCACAGCUUUUGCCAGCAUCUAUACCUUGGUGCUCAUGUCAAUUGAUCGAUUUUUGGCGGUUGUCCAUCCCAUUCGCUCGCGCAUGCUGCGAACGGAGAAAAUCACAAAAAUUUGCAUUUGCGCCAUAUGGGGAGUGAUAUUGACGAUAUUGCUGCCAGUUGCACUUUCACAUGGAAUUGUGCAAAUCCAUGGUGCAACAUACACGCAGGAACUGUGUCGGUUCAUGGAAAAUAGUUUUCUAUCACCGUCCGUUUAUCAGAUUAUAUUCUUCGCCACUUCGUAUCUGCUGCCGUUAAUGGUCAUUAGCGGUCUGUAUGUGAGAAUGAUAACAAGCUUAUGGCGACAUGGCACCUCAGUGCGUAUGUCAGUGGAAUCACAGCGUGGACGGAAACGUGUGACACGUUUGGUUGUUGUUGUGGUAAUAGCAUUUGCCUCAUUAUGGCUACCAAUACAGAUAAUUUUGCUACUCAAGGCGCUGGACAUUUAUCAAGCAACAACAAAAUUCACAGUGAUUUUACAAAUAAUUGCCCAGACCUUAGCCUACACCAGUUCGUGCAUUAAUCCUGUCCUCUAUGCAUUUUUAUCGGAUAAUUUUCGCAAGGCCUUUUACAAGGCCAUCAAUUGUACAAACCGUUGCCAGGAUUACACUUCAGAUUUGCCGCCGGCCAGGAAGACAUCAUAUGCACGUACAUCCACGACAGGAUUUUAAAGGAGAACAAUCACUCAAAUCACCAGGCAGGCUGUCAGGCAGUG